CAUAUUUGGAUUUCAUCGCGGUGACGCAGAAUUCCAUAUCCGCGCCCUGUGAUUUGUUAUUAUUCGUCCUACGCAAAAACUGCUGUCGUGCGUCAAAAUUAGGAUGACCUUGCGCGCCAAGCCCGUAUCAAGAUACUAUAUAAGCACGCGCACUGCGCUGCACUGCACAAUUCAUUUGGACGCAGUGCCUGUGAAUAUUUACAACAAGAAGAAGUUAAAGAAUUGGUGUAGCAAACGGCGACAAAAUGUCUUUCAAAGUUAUCUUUGCUGUCUUCCUGUGCGGGAUGUACUCGUGUUCAGGUUAGUGAGUGUAAUUGAUCCUUCAUACCAAACAGUUUCAAGGAAUUAAGCGCGACACUAAUUGAUGGAUCAUCUUUAUAAUGAAAAUGCAUUAUAGCUACAGUAAAUAAUGUGUCCCGAAAUUACUUGUGAAUAUGUUAUACGUUGCUGUAUUUUGCUGUAUAGUAUACUUAUCUGAAUGGAAAACAUCUGUGCUAAGUCAUGCAUUUGAAUUAAGGAUAUCCGUUGAAUUAAACCGCUUGCUUAAUAUCAAUUAAUGACGUCGGCAAUUCAGUUGAACUAAAGUGUAAAGGUAAUAGAUAAUUUACUAAUAGAAAUGUAGAAUUUUUGACUGUUUUCAAUUCCUUGCUUAGCAAACCCUGUACCAACACAAGAGACGUUAACAAUUGGAGAUGAUAAAGCGAUCUGGGAGGCAAUGUGGAAAGAAACAAAAAAUCAAACGGCCGUGUCAAGAUCGGAUGACGAGAAUAUUUUUGAUCAGAUUGUGAGAAUAAACGCCCAAGAAAGAGGUACGUGAUAAAUGUUGUGCGCAUAUACACAAUUUAUAUCGCAUGCAUGCAGUUUGUUUCGAAUCUAUGCCUCUCAGCGGCCAAAUUGUUAUUUUUUAUUUAAUUUCUACUUUUUCCACCCAAGGGCCAAGUAUACAUAACAAUCAAUAUAUAAAAUUAGCAUAUUUAACAAAAUUGGCUGGGAACCUAUACUAGCAACCUAAUUUGGUGUUUUACUUGAUAGUUCAAGAUACGUAUUAAAGACAAGAAAAGAAUCAUGUAUGCAAUAUAGUAAAACAAAUUACACUGAACUACAUUAUUUAGGAAGAAGGCAAAGUUACCAAACAGUUAUACAUUACAGUCUUAAAAAGCAUAUGUAAAAUCUUACAGGAUACCUUGCACUAUAUAUAACGUCCUCAUGAAUCAAAUAUAAAUUCGAAAUAAACAGCUUAUAAUUAAUUUUGAAAUAUCAAAAAAAAAUUGUUUAUUAUGCUGUCUCGUUUUUGGGGGUACGACGCACGCACUUUCUGGUGUUUUAAAAACUCCCAUAAUUCGAUCAUGUUGAAAGGAGCACUGAAUUAAUAGGUUCACUCUAAUAUAUAAUUCUUAGACUUAACAGUAUAUGUACUUCCCUUUAAUUAAUUAUAAGAGACUAAUUAGUUCCCUUCAUAAGAGACUUAUACCUAUAGACUUAUAAAGAGCUAGACUUCCCUUUUUUGUCAAUCUAUUAUAUACUUUCCUUUACCGAGUUUUACAUCACUGGCAGAAGAUUGCGCAUAUUGCUUUAAGUAGUAAAACCUGAUAAGAUUCUCAUUGCCGGAUUUUGUUGGUUCCCAUGUUAGCCAAAUUAUUGAUUAUUUGCCAAUUUGUUGCUUGCGAAAUUGGCGUUUGACAGGAUAAAUAUUCUUGAGAUAGAGUAAUAAUUUUGAUUUGUAUGUAAUGUUUACAACAUGAGCGGCCGUGUUGUAUCAGAUAUACAAACUCGAGCCGAAUAUCUGAUACAACACGGACGCGAAUGUUGUAAACAAGUUAAAAAACGACUCAUCUUAUGAGUUCAUUGGCGAAGUAAUUUUAAAAAUAAACGUUGUCUAAGCCGAGAAAAUCAAAGUUCAAGUUUAUGUAAAUCAACAUGAAUCUGUAUCACAUAUACAGAUACGACACGCUUAUGAUUUUUCUUUGUGUUUUCUUCAUGAAUUAUUAAUGAGUUUUUUAAUGAGUAUUGGAUCCUAUAUACCGGAAUGUCUACAACGACCGUUUACGUUAUACGAAACUCAGAUGACAUUGUAUCCGGUUCUUAUAAAGACAAGCUCAAAUCAUACCAAAAGGCAAUAACCGCAAAAUAUAUACAUACAGGAUGUGGCCUUAGUUAACACAUUCAUUGAGAACAAGACAAUUCUCUAGUUGGGUUCAUACCUAAUUUUAAGAAUUUUUUAUCACUGCACAUUUUUGUGCAAAGUUUAGCCGAGCAGAAACACACCCUGAAAAUUUCUGAACACACCCUUAUAAUAAUGUGUAACAACAAAGCAGGCUACAAUUCACACUGCACAGCACUCAGGGAAAUUUGGGGGCCCAUGACAAAUUUUGACUUGGGGGCUCUCGUGAUUCCAUGUUGUAACACUAUGAUUAGGUGGUCCGAGGGCAUCCCCCGGAAAAAUUUUGAAAUCUGAGGUGCCAGAAAUCGCCAAAUCCUGCAUUCUGGAAGUCUAGUUGACAGUUAUAUCUAUGUAUAUUUCACUGCAAUUCUUUAUUUGGGCCCCCCUUUAACUGGGGUCCCAGGGCAAAUUGCACCCCUCUUGGCGGCCUUGACAGCACCUGCAGUUACGACUAUCUAUGACAGCUUAGUUUCAUAAUAACAUGACUGAAGAAAAUAAAUAUUUUCGUCCUGGCAAAUGAAAGGCGGCUUACGGGCUUAGGCGUGACAAACCUCUAGAGGAGUUCCAGGGGCAUGCACCCACAGACGAUUUUGUAAUCUAGGCACUAUAAAAGGGCAUUUCCUAUUCUCCUGCAAUGCGCGGGGACAUUCUAUAGAUUUCUGAAAAUUAUACAGAAAUUACAAAAUCUUAAGUAUCAUUCACUCCAUCUUCCAAACUCAUAAAGAGAUCUUUGGGGAGAGACUUUGUUCAUCUGAUGAACCAUAUAAGUACUGUAUGUUAUUAGUGCGGACGUUCGAUAAUUUGACGGUCAUCAUUUCAAUUUCAAUUAAAUCAUUCUCAUUCAAAAUGUUUCGCCGGAUUAGUUCAGUUUUUCUUCUCAUUAUCUCAUUUUCUUGUGUUACUUAUAACAACUUAUCAAAGCAAAUUUUAUCACUGCACAUUUUACAUUUUAUCACUGCACAUUUUACUUCUAUCACUGCACAAAUUGGUUAUCACUGCACACUAAAAUUAGGUAUGGUUGGAUUUCAGUUUGAGUAUUCUACUCUAUAUAAACUUGUUAGAUAAAUAUUAUUUUAUAUUUAAUAAUUACUGGAUGAGACUAUAACUCUAUAAGCAUGAUAUCAAAAAUAGGUGGGUAAGGUUGCAUUCAUUAUACUACAGUUCAGUGCACAUGGAGGGCAUUUACGCAAAAGAAUCUCAUUAGAAUAUCAUUACUUACCCUACUUGUGUUAAAGUCUUGUGGGAUUGGGAAUCCAAUAACUUAUUAUACAUUCAAAAUUAAAACUGGCAGCCGAUGGUGAAAGAUAAAAACAAAACGUGUAUAUAAGGAGAAAAGGUAAUAACAACUUUUGCCUGGAAAUAGUUUUGCAUUAUUUCGUGACCUUUUUCGUGCUGUUACAAUCUUUUCUGGCAAUCACAUGAACAAUUCCUCUCUUAGUUUAAAGAAGUAAACCUACUAAAAGCCAUCUUUUUUUGAUUUCGCAAAUGUCGCGUGUUAUUUAACAAGCAGCUGACCGCGCUAGGGCCUUGGGCUGUACAUCGUGCAAUAUUUUUUUUUACAUAACUUCGUCAAAAAGAUCAUUGCAUGCUGAUCAAGUCAGCAGCGGAAAUAACGUGGCAGCUACUGGAUAUUAAUUGUUGACCAAUUGCAAUCGUGAAUAAAGUUUAAAUAUAUGUUAUAUAAAAUUAUAACUAUAAAUAUACUUUUCUUUAUCAUUUUUUUUUACUUUUCUAGGCAGUGGAGUGGGAAGAAGCGACGAGAAUGUCUUCCUGUUCGAAGGCGACAUUGAGAUGAACAAAAGCGAAGCAAUAAAUAUAAUUCAGGGCAAUGGAGCAUCGCGUCAAAGACGGGCAGUUAUUGGAACAAGGAAUAAAUUAUGGCCGAGGAGGGUUCCUUAUGCUAUCGACGGUUCUUUACGUAAGUUUUAACUGAUGUUGCGACAGUGUGUUGACUCCCCCCCCCCCGAAUGUUUUUCGGAAUGUAGUUCUAGAUUUGUUCAAAUCCGAUGAAUGCAUUGGAUCUGAUCCAAACUAUUGUAACGUUUAAUAUUAGAGAAUUAAGCCCUUUAUCCGACUGUUAGUACCUCCACAAUGCCGUUUCAGAGACCCAAUUUUUUUUCUAGGGUAGCAUGCUCUUGAGCCCCAACAAUUGUGACUUCUAUGUUGGUAGUAAUUGAGGCAUAUCAAAUUUUGCAGUUCCUAUAGUUCCUAUAUAUAGUCACCAUCAUAAUAAAUUGGAUUUUGUUAAAUUAGCUCGAAGCAUAGUCAAUCCACUGUCUAUGAUUGUCUAUGCUCGGAGGAAUCAAGCUAAAGUAUUUGACGUAGGCUACUUGCAUCUCUAUUGCAAUACGUGGCGCCCGGCGCCGGCAGAAUUUUUAUAUGGACGAGGAAUGGGCAAUUUAAUUAUUUGCAUAUUGUUGAGAUUAUAAUUAUCCAGAUUAAUUUAAAGGGGCAUGUAAAGAUAAAUAUAUUCUCGAACAUACUCACAAAAAUUUAAAACGUGUUUCACCAAGGAAAUGAAAUGCAGCUGCAGCACACACUAGUCAGUAAUUGAGAUUAUGUUAAUAUUUGCCUAUUUUUUCUAUAGGUGGGGUGACAAGAAAUAUUAAAAACGCUAUAAAAGAAUGGCAAGAUACAUUGCCUUGUCUGGGCUCAUGGCGGGAUGUAACAUCCCAAUCCAGACCAAGAGAUUAUAUGUAUUUUUUCCGUGGUGGAGGGUAGGUGUUAAUUCUAUUCCUUGCAUUCUAUCUUCUUUCCAAAAUGAAGGCUAUUCUAUAUCUUUGUUGACGUUAUCCUUCCAGGGCUUUUGGGCUUUCUCUUCCUCUUCUUAGGUCAUCCUCUUCUUCUUUUAUGGUAUUUUUCGUUUUCUUCUUCUUAGGUCUUCCUCUCCUUCCUUUUAGGUCUUCCUCUUCUUGUUUUUAGAUCUUUCUCUUCUCAAGUCUUUCUCUUCUUCUUCUUUUUCUUAGGUCUUCUUCUUCUUCUUCUUCUCCAGUCUCCUCUUCUUUGUAGAUCUUCUUCUUCUUCUUAGGACUUCCUUUUCUUCUUUUUAGAUCUUCUUCUCCUUCCUUUCAGAUUUCCUCUUUUUCUUCUCAAGUCUUUCUUUUCUUCUCAAGUCUUUCUUUUCUUCUCCUAAGGUCUUUCUCUUCUUCUUUAUAGGUCUUCUUCUUUUUCUUCUUACGUCUUCCUCUUUUUGUCUUUCUCAUUUUUAAAUUGAAUUUCUUUCGCACUAACUCCUGUUCUACUUCGGAAACCGAUAUCAUAUAAUUUACAAUAAAUUGUAUAUUUCAGAUGUUACUCACAAGUUGGUCGAGUAGGUGGUGCUCAGAGAGUUUCAAUUGGCAAUAAUUGCCACUAUCAUGGUAUUGUGGUUCACGAAAUUGGUAAUUAGAAGUUAUUGUUUAGAUUGUAGCUAAUAAAAAAUAAAAGAGCUUUUUGAAAGUCGACAAAAAUUAUUGUUCUAUGUCUUUUUAAGUUUAAUGGAAAGUUGUGAUCUUUUACAGGGAAUGAACGUAUUGUUUUUGUACAGUAAAGCCCUCGUCCAAUAGGAAUUCCAAAACAAAUUCUUUUCAAUAUCAGCUGAGGCUUAAAUGUGCAACUCUUUAACGUUUAUCAGCCUUCCAAACCAUAUUUAGUUUGCAUUAACACUAUUUUUGAUAUGUUUGAUUCUGAAUUUAAAUUAUUAGCCAUUUUAAGCUAUAGUUUCUGAGUGUAAUUUUCUUUUGCUUUAGGUCAUGCAAUGGGUCUUUGGCAUGAACAAUCUCGCCCAGACAGAGACAGCUAUGUAACUAUUUUGUGGAAUAAUAUUAUACCAGGUAUGAAAGGGACCAAGGCCUGGUACUCCACAAAAUUUGUAACCGCUAGACAAUUGAAACCCAUGCAUUCAUCUACUUGGGCCACUGAUCUCAAAACUAUGUAUAAAAUCAUAUGACAAAUUUGACCUAGUUGGGGCACCAUUUAGUUAGGUAUGCCUGUAAAAAUAAAAACGUUCAAGAUGCUCGGAUGGAAAAAUAGUCGAGCAGGGCUGUGCAGGAAAUACUAAUUAACCAGCUGCAGGAAAUUUGUUAGAUUGAAGACUUACAAAUUGAAAAUUUGAAGGAAACCCCAACAUGCAUGUCCCACUAUUCGUCCAACAUAUUAUGGUUCACAGACACUUUUCGUUUGAAUUUAAAACCAUGGUUAGGACAGUGCUCUUAGUAAGAUUUAUUUUCUUCUGAUCCGCUGUCAUGAAUUAGGCAAAGCUCAUUUGUUAUUACUAUCAGAAUAAGUUAGAGAAUAUUAUUUUGUAGGCUGCGAACAGGCUCUAAUUAUUUUGUUGUCAUUUUCCCUUAAGAUUGCUCAGUUAUAAACACUCUUUCAAUCCAGUAUCACAGAGUACGUUCUUUGCAUCAUAAAUGACCCACAUUUAAUGCAACUAAUUUUCCAUUAUUUUUCAGCUACGAAAUUUAAUUUCCAAAAACACAGCUCCACCAGAAUCAAUAGUCUCGGCGUCCCAUACGACUAUGACAGUGUUAUGCAUUAUGGGUCCUAUGCGUUUUCCAGGUAUCGAGGCCGAAAAACAAUUGAAAGUAUACCAGCCGGCAGAAGAUUAGGACAGCGAAAUGGGCUGAGUGAGAAAGAUAAAAAGCAAGUGCGACUGCUUUAUAGAUGUACAACGACGUCGACAGUAAAACCAACUAUUAAACCGAAUCCAUCAGGUAUGUAUAGUAAGACAUCCAGUUAGAUAAUGUUAGUAGCCAGCUGCCUAUUAGUGUAAUAACUAUUGGGAGCUUAAUUAGGCAGAGCUAGCGUUGCCCACCCCCACCUCUCCCGAAUGGCGAGCUUGUAUAUCCAUCAUUAGGGGAAAACUUGCGUUUGAUAAGCACUUUCAACGACCCAUGCAACCGCCGAAAAAUGAUCUUGCCCACGGAUAUUGCUUUCAAAUGACUAAAGCCCAGAUCAAACGAGUAUGCCGGAGAGUGCAUGAGAGUUAUCAGCUAGUCACGUGACCUUGGUUAGACUUUAAGUAACUUGCUUUCCCAACACUAUAUUAUGUAUCCUACUUAAGUUUAAACAUUGUUGGAACCCUAUGAAACCUAAAUAUAUUUUGUUAAUCUAUUACUUAAAAUGUCCCCUGUAACAGUGCGUGACUGCCAAGUAUAUCAAUUCAGCAACUUACAGUACUAUAAUACUCAGUUCUUCAAGAAGUAGCCUACUCAUCAUUGCAGCGUAAUUGGUACAUCCGGAUGAUGACCACUUGUUGCAACUUGUUGCCAUAUAAGGAAACACUUAAGUCUGUUCCAUCGGGAAAUAGUUUGUCUCGACUAAUUCGGGCGUCUCGGGAAACAUUGAGAGUUACAGGUAAACUACGUGAAGCGUUCCUCUUUUGACUUCGUAACUCAUUUGGAAUUUUCCUCAUUAGCUUUGCAAAUUUGAAAAACUCUUUGCAAAUCCCUUGAGGGAAUUUGCAAUGUUCCUAUCGACUGUUGCAAUAUUCCAAUACAAACAAACGUCGAUUUAAAUUUUCCUAACUUCCUGUUUUAAUUUCCUAACUUCCUGUUCUGUUCUGAGCGUUGUUAUUGGUCGAUUAUUUUUGUUAGCCAAUUGCAACGCCCAGAACAGAACAGAACAGAACAGGAAGUUAAGAAUUUCUAACAGGAAGUUAAGAACUUCUAACAGGAACUGAGGAAAAUUUAAUUGGCUUUUAGCAACAUUGCAAGUUUCCUCAAGGGAUUUGCAAGGGAUUUUUUUAAAUUGCAAAAGUAAUGAGGAAAAUUGCAAUCAAUUUAGAAACUCAAAAGAGGAACGCUUCACGUAGUUUACCUGUAAGACCCUCGAGAAAACAAAACCAACUAUUUCCUCGGGAGCAUUCAGAUAUUAAAAGUAUAAUGCCAAAUAAUUACGUUACGAUAAUAUACUGUAUAAUAAUAAAUAUAUGUUACGAGAUUAUACUAAAAUUCGUUAAUUAAAACGAAUACCAGGGGAUACCGACGACAGUCAAAAGUCACAACAUUGAUCAUUAUUUGGCAGCCAGAGAGCCAGAACGAAUAAUCACUCUCCCUUUAUUUAUAGGUUGUCAAGAUGUACAGUCUGCUCGCAAUUGCAAUUAUUGGAAAGGACUUGGAUAUUGUAAGAAAACUUUCGUAGCAUACAUGAAGAAAAAUUGCUGCAAAACAUGUACCAUCGGUAAGAAAAUUUCACUUUAAGCCCUCUGAAGUUUGGUGUGGGUAUCUGAUAGUAUAAUAUAAACUGCAAGCUUUGGUUUGUGGAAACACAAAGGGUUUUUUUCUUGACCAAGAAAGCAAUUUUGGUAUAUUAUACACUCUUUUUCAUUUUUUACCUAACGUUGUGCAACAACAUGAUUUAUCAAACCUGUAUUGUCGACUAAUCCGUAUUUACCAAAACUAAUUAAUUAGCUUCUUGUGGCAUUAUUAUGCUCAUGUAGGUUUACAAUGCGCUUUAACUAAUAUCAAUUCGAACUUUUAAAAUUUCAGCAAAUUGUACGGAUAAGAAUACAAGUGGUAACUGUCAAACUUGGGCGCGUUAUGGCUAUUGUAAUUCCAGCAGCCGGUAUAGCACGUAUAUGAAAAAUAACUGUGCAAAAUCGUGUGGAUGCCGGUAAACAAGUUAGUAAGUAUAGUUUAACCUUACUUAAAAUUUUUACUACUGGAAAUGACUCCAUAUCUCGACCUGUGAUAACAGUGCAGGUUUUUUUUUAUCAUAAAAGGCCAUCCAACUUUGAAAUCUGAGAAUUAAAAUAAUCAUUUUGCAUUCAUAUUCAGAUAAACAUGGCCUAACAUAGCUACUAAGCUACUGGCAUAAAUGUUUUUAAAUUUAAAGAUGAUCCAGCUCGCGAUCAGGGUGGAUUGCCGCAUAAUGGGUUAACCACUAAAUUUCGCUAUUAGAAGAGCGAAAUUAAAUUAGUGAUUAACCCAUUACGCGGCAAUCCGCCCUGAUCCUCCAUAUAUUUUACAUUUCUAACGCCUGAUAAAUUUACUCGCCAGACGCCAAGUGUUGCCACUCUGUGGGUUAAAACAUUUCACAAAAAUGCCAACUGAGUUCGCGAUGCUACUCAUGCUUUACAAAAUUUGUAAGAAAAUUUAAUUCCUAAAGGUGAAAGAUGGGAUUACGUCUGGUCGUUUUAAAUCGAAUGGUAUUUCGGUCACUUUUGAUUGCAAAGAUAUGACUAAAUUCGACAGCAAAAAUCCUGAUCUUUAUAGAAUGAAAAAGUAUGCCAAAGUUGAAUUCGCUUUUUUUAUGCACCUUGUAUAGAUCACAACCACUUAUAUGGCCAGAAAUUACGGCCAUUACUCUACUUCCUUAGUAAUUUGCAUAUCAUUUUGAAAUAUGACUUCAGUUCUAAAUAGUAGAUUGCAUGUAACUAUAACGCCGCGUUGUAAAUCGCAUAAUCUGAGAAACGGUGGUUUCUAAACAAAAUUUGCCGAAUAAUUUAGUGUAAUAUUGAACAAUAUAUGUAUAAGGAUAGACGGUAAACUUAAUUCAAACCAGGGCAAAAUUAUACACUAAAUACUUGGACAGACCUUCGAGAGUAAUUUAAACGAAACCAAAAUUACACUAGCUAGAUACUUGGAAAAACUGUCUUUUACAACCAACGAUGAUUGACAGUGAUUUCUGGCCAUGAAUAAUAAAAUAUAAGUAUCGUCUAAAUGUUGUAUAAGCCAAAAAAGUUUGGUUAAAUUUUUCCACAAAUACUGUACAUUUUGCUUUUUUCAUCAACAUAAUAUAAUAUAUUCCAUUUUUUUCUUUCCUUUAGAUUAAAAUAUCAACGGUUGAUAACAUUUGUAGCUAAAACGAUUUGUAUAGUUUUGUAUAACGAGUUGAAAUUUAUUGACUAUCUGUUUUACACCUUAAAUUAAAAGUAAUAAAUGUAGAGAAAUGUGAUUAAAUAGAUUAUUAAAAAUAAAAGCCGCUUAAUAAAGGGUC